UCAAAACUUUAAAGUUUGAAAAUACACGAUAAAAAAAACAUUUUAAAAUGUUAAAAACUGUGAAAUAUUGAAAAAUAGGUCAAGACGUAUAUAAAAGUACAAAAGUCACGUGUACAUUUACAGUGUAAGAUUAAAGUGUAAAGUGUACAAUUCAAAUUGUACAGUUUAAAAGUAAACAAGAGUAAACAAGAUGAAGAUUGAUGAAUCAAACUACUCGGUUCACAAAAGGAUUGAGGCUGAAUUAGGAAAAUUGAUCAAAGAGAGCGGGCGCGCAGAUAAACCAAGAAUUACGCAGAAAUUAAAAGAUGUUCGAGUUGCCUGGGAGGUUUACAGCAGAUCUGAGACCCAGAGAAGAGAGAAAGAAGAUAAUCUACGCAGGGAGGUGGACCGGGUGGAUAAAAUGGCGGCUCAGGUUGCUAUAGAAACAGAGAGAUUAAGAAAACUAAAGGAUGAAGCAAUGAAUGUUGUAAAGAAUCUUGAUCUACGAAAUGCUCCUGAAUAUGAUGAGUUUUGCCAUCCCCCGGUCUAUGAUUGGGGUCAGCAUCCUGGGGACCUAGGCAGACUUUAUCAAGGUCUUGAGAUAGAAGAUGUGGGAGAAAUGAGGUUAACAGAUCUUAUUGAGAACUUCAAAACAAGAAAAUCAAGUUAUGGGUUGGGUUUCCCUUUAGACCUGCCGUAUCCUCCACAACCUUAUUCAACCCAUCCUUUAGAUCAUCGUAUAACAAGACCAGGAUCAACCGGACAAAGACGACCUCGGUCAAGACCUCCCCGGUCACAGUCUCAGGAGGAUGGUAAAGACAAUAGGGGCAGAUUUGAGAUUUCAGAGAGAAGGCAAAACUAUGGAAAUCAAGAUAUUCAUGAGAAUUAUGGACGAAGAGAAAGAUUUAAUGAUCCACAAGAUAGCACAGAAGAAGAUGAUCAGUCACAUCAGUAUAAUUAUUAUCAAGGAUAUAGAAGAAGAAACUAUGUAAAAGAUCAUGAUAAGAGGAAGAAAGAAGAAAGAAGAAAUGAUUAUGAAAUAUAUACUAAGAGAGGAAAUAAUAAAAAACAUGAAGAAUAUGAUCAUGAAUAUAGGAAAAUGUAUAAAAAUAGAAAAGAAGAUGCAUAUUUACAAGCUGAAUCGGAUCAAGAUAGGAGAACUCACUCAAAUGAAAUCCUAAAACCAAACAUGGAUUCAAAAUAUUGGAUCAGGGAUUCCAGGGGGAGGGAGAGGGGGAGAAGAGAAGAAAGACGGUAUAAAGAAGAUUGGAGGAAAGAUAGAAGAUCGGGAGAAGACUGGCAGACAGCUAGAAGAUUGGAAGAAGAUAGUGAUAGUCAACUUAACUUCUUAGAGGAAGGAGAUAAUACAAGCAAUGAUGCUGGGGACAUCUCUUCUGCAGAUGAACAUGAUCAUGAUAAACCUGGAAAACUCAGAAGAAAAGGAAAAAGUCCUAAACGUCCAAAAGCUGACGCUGAAAGUAAAAACAUAAAAACUGUAAUAAACAUCAAAGAAAAUAUAGAGUUGCCAUCCAUAAAACCUGAUGAACCCAAAGAAACAAUUAUACAAAAUGCUGAUGAAAAAAUGAUUGAACCUGAACAAGCAGCAGAAGGAGAAUUCGCUAGCACAAAUGAUCCACCUGAGCAAAACAAAGAAGAAAACAGGGACAUUAUUGAAAUUGCAGAAGAGACAAAACAAGAGGUUCCACCUGCUAAGGAAUCAGGAUCAACUGAACCAGAUCUAUGUUUAGGCUCUGAAAAUGUUGAUGACAAACUGUACUCCCCUGAAAGUGAUUCUACGGCUGAACCUGAACCUGAACCUGAACCUGAACCUGAACCUAAACCUGAACUUAGUACAGUCCCAGGUUUAGAAAGUAAGAAGAACUCUGUUGAUCGUGAAAGAAAAACUGGUUCUGUGGCCAUGGCAGAUGCAUACAAGCAAAUGCUAAUGGGCGGCUUCAAGCGCCCAGAAACCCAACCUGCGGUGGAAGACGACUCAAGUUCAGAUGAUAUAGAGGCAGAACUUGCAGCAUAUGCGCGUCCCGCAGCUAGAAAACCGCCAUUGAAGAAUAUGAAGUUUGGUUUGGAUGACGAUGAACAAAACUUUAACGCAGAAUCUUCAAAUUCUGAAGAAUCAAAGAAGAAAAAUUCUGGAGCCCAACCUACAGCUGAGGAGGUUCAGUUCUCCGGUCUAGGGAUGGGACUGGUGGGUUCCUUUGCUGGAGUAGGUGGUGGAAACUUCCCCGGAGUAGGAGGAGGAUCCAGGCAUCCAGUUCCAGUAGCUCUCUCUCAGGGUAUUAGUAAAGGAAUAGUUGGUGGAAAAUUGGGUCACCCAGCAGCUCAGAGAGCAGCUAAUCUAGCGAUGAGCUCCUCAAAGAUAGUCCUCAACUCAGACUCAGACGGGUUGGGACCCGACCAAGGACUCUCAGGGAAACCUGAUCUAAAGGAUGGAAAUAUAUCAGGGCCAGAGAAAGAUGAAGAUGAUGACUUCUGGAACUAAAGUUUUCGAAUAUGUAGCAUGAAUAAAUUUGAUUUGUUUAA